AUGUUUGUCUGGGAACUUACCGAGAACAAAGCUUGGCGGGUGCGCAGCAUCCGCAUGGCACCCGGUCCUGGCUCUCAGCGGCUGGGCGCGCUGGGCGCCGAGAGUAAGCGCAAGCUACAGCCCGAGACCCACGUGCUCGGCGCCGCUUGUGGCGCCCGCUGUGUUCACAAGGUUCGGACGGUCGCCUCGCAGCACUCGGGCUCCUGGCAGGACCAGCUCUGGGAAAGCUGCCAGGCUGAAGCUGCAGGUUCUAUUGUCCCACGGAGGGGAGAGUCGUCACACUGGUGUUACGAGAUUCAAGCCAAGGCCUCCAACUACACCUGCUUGGAGCCAAAAAGGUGGGAUGGAGAGUGCCAGAAAAACCGGCAGUCCCCCAUAAACAUUGUCACCAGCUUGGCGCAGCUGGACCACAAACUGAAGCCCUUCUCCUUCUCUGGCUAUGACAAGAAGCAUAUGUGGACUGUUAAAAACAAUGGCCACUCAGUGAUGGUGUCUCUGGAGAACAAGGCCAGUAUUGCCGGAGGAGGACUGACCACCCACUACCUGGCCAAGCAGCUACACCUGCACUGGUCGGAGGUGCUGAAUAAAGGUUCCGAGCACAGCCUUGAUGGGAAACGCUUUGCCAUGGAGAUGCAUAUAGUACAUGAGAAAGACAAAGGGACAUCGGGGAACAAGAAAGAGGACCAGAACCCCCAAGAUGAGAUCGCUGUGCUGGCCUUCCUGGUGGAGGCUGGAUCUAAGAAUGAUGGCUUCCAGCCCCUGGUGGACGCACUGACUGGCAUUCCCCUACCCAAUAAUGCUACUACAAUGACGGAGGGCAUCAGUCUUCUGGAACUGCUUCCCAAGCAGGAGAAACUGAGGCAUUACUUCCGCUAUCUGGGCUCACUGACCACGCCCACCUGCGAUGAGACGGUCGUCUGGACGGUGUUCAAGGAGCCCAUUCAGCUCCAUGAAGAUCAGAUCCUGGCAUUCUCCCAGAAGCUAUACUAUGACCACCUUAAGAAACUGAAGAUGACUGACAACUUCAGACCCCAGCAGUCCCUGAACCAGCGUGUGGUGCUGAAAUCCCAGGCCCCGGGAUCCCUGCUGUCCUGGCCCCUGGCCGCCCUGCUGCCCUCCAUACUCACCCUGAUGGCUGGCCUCCUCUGCUGA